UCUCUCUCUCUCCGUACAGUGACAUAUUCGAUGCCAUGUUCCCCGUCACUCACAUCGGAGGGGAAACAGUCAUCCAACAAGGCGAUGAAGGGGACAACUUCUACGUGAUUGACCAAGGAGAAGUGGAUGUGUAUGUGAACGGGGAGUGGGUGACGAGCAUCGGAGAGGGGGGCAGUUUCGGGGAGCUGGCCCUGAUCUACGGGACCCCCAGAGCUGCCACCGUCAAGGCCAAGACGGACCUCAAGCUGUGGGGCAUCGACCGGGACAGCUACCGCCGCAUCCUCAUGGUACGGGCCUCGGACCACCGGGACCACCGGGACCCCUGACACCCCACGCCAACA